AUCUCCCUCCCUCUCUCCCUCCCUCCCUCCCUGUCUCUCUCGUGUAAUCUCGCGUUAGCGGCUCCACAUCCACCCUCCCCUGCAUCUGACAGGCGAGUACAUGCUAGCCAAUUCCAGGCUUUUCAUUUCAACAUGGCCACUACCGCAACGUGUACCCGGUUUAGCGAGGAAUACCAGUUAUGUGAAGAGCUCGGAAAGGGUGCCUUCUCCGUUGUUCGCAGAUGCGUGAAAUUAUCCACGGGACAAGAAUAUGCGGCGAAGAUUAUUAACACAAAGAAGCUCUCUGCCCGGGAUCAUCAGAAGCUGGAACGCGAAGCAAGAAUCUGCCGGCUCCUGAAACAUCCUAAUAUCGUACGCCUUCAUGACAGCAUAUCAGAAGAAGGAUUUCACUACCUCAUAUUUGACCUGGUCACUGGUGGAGAACUCUUCGAGGAUAUCGUGGCCAGAGAAUACUACAGUGAGGCAGAUGCAAGUCAGUGUAUUCAUCAGAUUCUAGAGAGUGUGAAUCACAUUCAUCAACAUGACAUAGUGCACAGAGACCUCAAGCCAGAGAACCUGCUGCUUGCAAGUAAAUGUAAAAAUGCAGCGGUGAAGCUGGCCGACUUUGGACUGGCAAUCGAAGUGCAAGGGGAUCAGCAGGCAUGGUUUGGAUUUGCGGGGACUCCAGGAUACCUCUCGCCCGAGGUUUUAAGAAAAGAUCCAUAUGGAAAACCAGUUGACAUCUGGGCGUGCGGAGUCAUUCUCUACAUAUUAUUAGUCGGCUACCCACCUUUUUGGGAUGAGGAUCAGCAUAAACUAUACCAACAAAUUAAGGCUGGUGCUUAUGAUUUUCCCUCUCCAGAAUGGGACACCGUCACCCCAGAGGCCAAAAAUCUGAUCAACCAGAUGCUGACCAUCAACCCCGCCAAGAGGAUAACAGCGCCUGAGGCCUUGAAGCACCCAUGGGUCUGCCAACGUUCUACCGUGGCAUCAAUGAUGCAUCGUCAAGAAACGGUGGAAUGCUUGAGGAAGUUCAAUGCCAGAAGAAAGCUGAAGGGUGCGAUCCUGACCACAAUGCUUGCAACAAGAAACUUCUCAGUUGGCAGGCAGUCUACAGCUCCAGCGGCAGCCGCAGCGGCUGUUGGGCUGGCUGAGCAAGCAGCUAAAAAUUUACUUAACAAGAAGACCGAUGGAGUCAAGAAAAGGAAGUCCAGUUGCUGUGUCCCUUUAAUGCCGCAAACCAACAACAGCAAAAACAACGUAGCCAACAUCCCAAAGGAGACUGUUCCGACAGCCACAAUGGAACCACAGACAACAGUGGUCCACAACCCCACAGAUGGCAUCAAGGGGUCCACAGAGAGUUCCAACGCCACUACUGAAGAUGAGGAAGGGAAGGGACGCAAGCAGGACAUCAUCAAGAUCACAGAGCAGCUUAUCGAAGCGAUCAAUAAUGGAGAAUUUGAGGCCUACACGAAGAUCUGUGAUCCAGGCCUAACCUCCUUUGAACCUGAAGCUCUUGGCAAUUUAGUGGAAGGGAUGGAUUUCCACAAAUUUUAUUUUGAGAACUUGUUGUCCAAGAACAGUAAGCCGAUCCACACCACCAUCCUCAACCCGCAUGUCCACCUGAUCGGGGAGGAUGCUGCUUGCAUCGCCUACAUCCGUCUAACGCAGUACAUGGAUGGACAGGGAAGGCCUCGCACCACACAAUCUGAGGAGACCCGCGUGUGGCACCGUCGCGAGGGCAAGUGGCAGAACAUACACUUCCACUGCUCAGGUGCACCAGCAGCACCGCUCCAGUGAACACCUUCUGCAGCUUGGAGAUGCUGGAGUAGACUUCUCGUCCAAACAGUGGAAUGAAGCCAGUCACUGUCAUGGUAAAUUCUUGAAGACCAACAGCGCCAUGCGCCAAUCUGCAUGUGUAUGAUGCUGCUGUGGCGGCUGCCUAUUUGUUGUUUCCAUGGAUCCAUCAUGUCUGUUUCUGCUGUCUAGGAGAUGUACAGAUAAAAAUGGCUGCUGUAAUAUGUACCUGAUAACUCACUCGUUCGAUGGCAGAGGUUCACGCAAAAAAUAGAUUCUGAACCCGUAUACUUGCCAAAGUACGGAGGUCCGUCCUUUAAAAAAUAAUGUAUAAAAAAAAAGAAACUUAAAAAAAAAAAAUCACGACAAAAAAUUUAACAAGUUGCAGUAGAGCUCAGAUCUUUAAAAAAAAAACCAAGUCAAGAUUUAAUCGAGAUUACGAUAAGGAGAGUAAUGUCGGAGGAAGCCUUGGCUCCUCCUGUCAGUGUGAGGUAAGGGUCAAUAGCUGGACCGCUAACCCACUGGGAGACUGACAAGCAACAUCGCUGAAACUCAGAGGCCAAGACUAUGGCCUCACUGCUCUGCUAAACUAUCUGAGACACAAAACACACAACAACAAAAAAUAAAUAAAACAUCUGGGUGAUUGCAUUUUUAUUCUUCUCUCUCCUGUCGAUCCAUUGCAAAGUGAAGCUGUGAUCUCAUUCAUUGAAAUGGAUCACACAUAAUAAGGUAUUUCUUUCUCAAAUGUUAACAUUUCUUCCAGUGUUCUCUGCAUCAAGGUUAAUAUGAAUGUAUAAUAUUGAAGUUCUCUGUCGUGCCUAAGUGCAGUAAUAUUAUCUUUGGUUUUUAAAAAAAAACAAUUGCUAAGUCAGUUUGCAUCCACAAGUUUGCAGUAUGUUGUGAUCUAGUUACUGAUGACAAACUUUUUUGAACUGUCUGGUGGUCAUCACUGCCUUGUGUCUUUGAGGUGUGGUGUAGAUGUGUAGCCCGAUAACAUUACCUUACUGGGAAGUAUAAGAUCAAACUCGCAACGCAUAGUGUUGGUACUCACAAACAACACUGUACAGCUGGUCGUCAAAGGUCACACAUUUAAAACAUAUACUGUAUGCAGUUUUACAGAGGUUAUGCAUGUGUUGUUUAUGGUCAAUAUUUUCACUGUAUGUGUUUUACUUGACAAAAAAAUACUGAUGUACCUAGUUCUGCAUCUUUAACUAUCUUGCACAGUCUGGCCAGUAUGCACCACAUAAUUUAAGCCUAAGCUUGUUAUGAUAAAUUCCUGUUUAAAAAAAUUAAGUAAAUUAAUUGCAUUGUUACUGUAUCUUAUGGGGCUAAUAAUAUCUUAUAGUUUUAACUGAGGCAAUUGAUGCAGGAUUUUGCAUGAUAUGUGACAACAAUUACACUCUGUCUGUUUGUUAUGAAUGUUGGUAGAUCUUCAUAGCUUUGUUACUAUAGGACUUGAUCUUAAAAAAAAAAGUAUUUAAUAAAAAUUAAUACAAACCGGUGCAUCUUGUUUUAACUACUGCAGUCGAUGGAUUGUCUACCCCAGAGCCUGCUUGCAUUUGUCGUCUAUGAAUUAGUAAGGAGCAUUCUCAAAAUGCGAUAUUCAGUGUUUUUAGUUAGUUCACAAAACGUCACAAAAUGGGUGAAACUGGACAUGAAUCUUUCCGCUGGUCUGCAUCACGCUUAAGUUUGCAAAUUGCAUGAUUUGCAUCCAUUCAUACUUCACAUUGGUCAGGACCCUGGAGGGGAAGGCGUUUGGCAUGGUUACUCUAGGUGGGAUUUGGUGGGUCAUCACUGUGUUUGUUUGCUCCAUCCUUGCACUGCACACCUUCACCUGCGCCUCGGUGAGGUCCCGAAGGAGGAACGAACGUCCUUUAAUUCAGACGUGGACAUGGUUGGAUAACGGCAAAUGACUCGAGCUCAUGGCCGAGGCUUUGAUCAAACUCGUUCUGGAUCAGAACACGUAGUUUGAUCAACACAUCGCAAACCCUCUCCAUCCUUCGCAAAUCCGUCAUACCUGAACCAGUCCCAGAGAAAAUUAGUGGCACAGAAAUAGGCCAAUCGGCCCAUCAUGUCCAUGCUGGCCAAGAAAGGUCUGGUCUAGUCAACUUUCACCCAUUUUGAGGCUCAGUGCUUUCAGUUACCUUUAAUGUAACCUGUUUCUGUGUGUCUAGCACUUUUAAACAAAAAAUAAACACAGUCUGUGUACCUAA